AUGGGGGAGGUCACAUCUCCCGACAUGGCACCGGGUGUGCUGCCAUGCAUGCCCCAACCAUCCACAGACACACCAUAUAUGCAUGUUCCCUCCCUUCCCGUUCUCUCCGCGCCUUCACCCUCCAUGCCAGCAGCCCACACAUCCACGUCAGCGUCAGCUGGUAGAGCAAGUGUGGCGGGUGGAGCAGCGGCAGCAGGUGGAGGCGCGCUGCCCUAUGGGAGGCCCACCCUUGCCAGCUUAACCGCCGUGGCCUAUAUCGCCACCGCAGCACUCAAUUUCGCCGCCGCGGCCAUUUCGCCGCCGCCUGCGCCUUUUCGCCGCCGCGGCCUGCUUGCCGCCGCCGCUCCCAAUUUCGCCGCCGCGGCCCUUCCGCCGUCGCCUGCACCCCUCGUCGCCGCGACCUGCACGUCGCAGCCGCACCCAACUUUGCCGCCGCGGCCCUUACGCCGCCGCCUGCGCCUCUCGUCACCGCAACCUGCUCGCCGCCGACGCCCCUAUUCCCGUCGCCGCGGCUCUCCCACCGUCGCCUGCGCUGUUCGUCGCCGCGACCUGCACGCCGCCGCCGCCCCCAAUUCCGCCGCCGCGGCUCUCGCGCCGCCGCCUGCGCCUCUCGUCGCCGCAGUCUGCUCGCCGCCGAUGUCCCUACUUCCGUCGCAGCGGCCCUCCCGCCGUCGCCUGCACCCGUUGACGCCGCGGCCCUUACGUCGCCGCCUGCGCCUCCCUUCCACCGCGGCCUGCUCUGUUAGAAUCUAG